CUAUCAAUAUAUAUAAUUAGAUCCCCAGGCCUUACUCUUUCGUGACAGAUCGAACCAAAAACGGUAGCUUAACACAAUCUUUGUUAAGUUAACCAGAAAAAUGUAUCCUCCAGUACAUGAUCAUGAGAAACAAGCAGGUGAUCAACACCAUCCAGCUCCUUUCCCGGCUUCAGGACAUCCAAAUACUAGCCAUUCUCCACAGCCGUAUGCUAGCGCUCCUCCAUAUAUAGCCUCUGGUGUUCGAGCUCAUGCUGUUCCAGGGAGGUGGUCCACUGGUCUUUGCCAUUGUUGUGAUGAUCCUGCAAAUUGUUUGAUCACUUGCUUCUGCCCUUGCAUCACAUUUGGACAGAUUGCUGAUAUAGUUAGCAGAGGUUCUUUACCUUGUGCUCUAAGCGGCACAAUCUAUGGAGUUAUUCUGAGUUUUACUGGUUUAGCAUGUUUGUACUCGUGCUUUUACCGUUCAAAAUUGAGGGCGCAACAUGACUUGAACGAGUCACCUUGUGUAGACUGCUUAGUGCACUUCUGCUGUGAGACUUGUGCUCUGUGUCAAGAAUACAGAGAGCUCAAAAAUCGUGGGUUUGAUAUGGGGAUAGGCUGGGAAGCGAACUUGGAUAGACAAAGGCGUGGAGUUACAGUAGCUCCAAUGGUGGCACCAGGCAUGAUAAGGUGAAAGGGAACAUCAAGGCCCCUUAAUUUGCUGCUGCUCCUGUUGCUUGCUCAUUCAGCUUCUUUACAGUCGUACAUAUGAUUUCAAAAUUACUAUAUCUACAACUCUUUUAUAAUUUGUUAACACGUCUUAUUGAAAUGUGUUAAUUUUUUUUUAGUGGUUGAUUUGACGACUCCAAUCAUGUAAUAACAUAUAUCAUUUAGUUGUAAAAGAGUUGAAAGUGUAACAUUACUCUUA